CAGCACCCCAAUACCGAGAACGAGCAUGUCGGCAUCUCUGAACAAGCGCUCCAGGAAGAGCGAGCCGCAGAAGGAAGGCGAUAUGCGCUCGGUGCGGGAGAAGAAGGAUGAUUCAAUCAUGAAUACGAACGACAGCAGUAUCGUGUCGAAAAGGAGCGUGUCGAGGUUGUACUUUCCAAACGAACCAGACUUUUACCAGCCCUUCGUUCAGAAGUACGUCCGCAGAAAUCCUCUCAUCAACCGCGGCUACUGGCUUCGAAUGCACGCCAUCGAGCAGGUAGUCCGACGGUUCCUCGGGGACACCGACAAGGCAAAAGUAGUUGUGAACCUGGGAUGCGGAUACGAUCCACUGCCCUUUCAAUUCUGGCACAGACAUGCCUCGAUCUCUCAAAAGACUACCUUUGUCGAUGUCGACUACCCGCAGCUUAUCGGUAGAAAGAGAGAUCGCAUUCUGGCUAGUGAUCUUCUGCGCAAUACGCUGCUCGAAACGAACCUACGCCCUUCACAGUCACCCGUGCACCUCCGCAGCGAUCAGUACGUGGCACUCGGUUGCGACCUGCGGGACCUCGGCACCCUCGAGAGGAUUUUGCGCUCUGAAUUCGACAUCUCAUCUUCUUCCAUUCUCUUCCUGGCCGAAGUGUCUUUGACCUACAUGCCGGUGCUGGACUCCGACUCACUCAUCCAGUGGGCAAGCACCCUCGACGACGCUCGAUUCUGCCUGCUAGAGCAGUACCUCCCUCAGGGUCCCGAACACCCCUUCGCACAAACCAUGUUGAGACACUUUGACAAGCUGCAGACACCUAUCCAGGCCGUGAAGCGGUAUCCCUCCCUGAGCCAACAGAUAUCCCGGUUUCAAAAUUCCGGGUGGCCCACAGUGCAGAUUGCUCGCAAUCUCUGGGAUCUGUGGUCCGAUGAUGCCUUUACUCCUCCGGCUGUACGACGUGGGUUAGAUGCGGUCGAACCCUUCGACGAAUGGGAAGAAUAUGCGCUUUUCUCCGCGCACUACUUCCUGCUGCUUGCUUCCAAUGCCGUGUCAGAAAAGCCAAUCGGGGCGUCUAUGGUCGAGGAACCCAACACGAAUGCUCCACGGGUCAACGGCGGUGGUGCUCGGCCCGUCAAGCUAACCCAUUAUGUACCUCCACGACACUCUCUAUUAGACCAACGGCGUUUUGGUGCUGCAUUUUCUCUUGGCCGCGACACUGUUGCCUUCCACGGCGGACAGGGUCCACAGUCUCGACUGGCGAGCAUGGAUGUCAUGGGACGGGAAGCUUCGCCGCCCAAGAUUCAGCCCUGCCCGAGGGCGCCGCCACAAGCACGCAUAUGUCACACAGUCACGCCUAUCAACGAUGCUGCAGCACUGUUGGUGGGCGGCAGGGGAUCGCCAGCCGACGCGCUUGCAGACUGCUGGCUGAUCAAGCAAGAAAUCUGGCAACAAGUGCAUGACCUGACUCCGGCUCGUUUCAGGCAGAGCUCUAUUAGAUUGGCUAUGCCAUCCGGUGGGUCCCAUAUUGAGGGCGUGUUGGUCUUCGGCGGCAAGACGAGCGAUGGCACGGUCCUCGAUGAAUGGACGCUCUGGACACCCUGCGAAGGCUGGCGGACGGUCCCCGUCGACGGUACUUGCCCCUCGCCGCGUUUUGGUGCCGCAAUAUCGUCGAUGGGGGCGGCUGAGGAUCGGGGUUUGCUGGUGGGCGGCAUUGGCCCCAGCGGCGCAGUCCUCGAAGAGAUCUGGGAGUGGCACGUCUCUGCGGCGCCGCACUUACACCUCAAAAUUAUUGACCGCACCAAUGACGUCCGGUACAACACCGCAAUCCCAACAUGCGGACGGUUCGGUGCAAGCCUUGUGCCUUUCGGAAAUGCACUGCUUCUCAUUGGGGGUAUUUCAAAAAAGGAAGUCUGUAGUGCAUCAUCCGACAUCCUGGUGAUUUCUGCCCCCAGCACCACGCUUCAUAUCGACAGCCCGGCGAUUUUGUUGUCCAAUUCAACCUGGCCUCUUCUUGUUGGAGUCGGUGCAGCUGCAGUGUCUCGAGACGAGAUCGUGCUCGCAGGAGGCGGCGCGGUCUGUUUUUCAAUGGGCAGCUUCUGGAACAAGGGUUUCCUCACGAUCACGGAUGAAGCGGCAGAUUUGCCCCCGUGGACAGUUCCCAUGUCUCAGAGCGCCGACGCAGCGAAGGCAGAAGCGCCGCAAGCACUCCUCAGGUUGAACGGCAAAAAGCAAGGGAAGACGAAGAAGGUCGCUGGGCCGAAGCCGGAGACGGUAGCGCGAAUACAGCUGCAUCCAGCAGAGAACUUCGCCGAGCUGCUGGCUGUCGCGAAGCCGGCCAUUAUCGAAGGCUUGGAUGUCGGUCCCUGCACGGAGCUUUGGACUCUGGACUAUCUUCGAAAAAAGAUUGGCGUGGAUCGAGAGGUCGUUAUCCAUGAGUGCUCUUCGGAUCGCAUGACAUUCAAGAACAAGAAUUUCCAAUACGUCAAGAAGCCCUUCAGUGAGUUCGUGGACGGUAUAUCGCGAGGUUCCCAAGCAUACUUGCGCGCCGUGUCAUCAAGCCAGCCAAACAAGUUGCCUACGAAACUCGAAGACGACUUCCCCACCAUCGCCGGAGACUUCGUAUUACCAGAUAUAUUCGGCGACAUGUUAGCUAACGCCCAUAGCUCACCGCUGCGCAUCUCCGGCCCCGUCGCCCUUUGGCUCCAUUAUGACGUCCUGGCUAACGUUCUCUGCCAAAUUCGCGGCGCCAAAACCUUGCACCUCUACCCUCCUGCCGAUGUCAAAUAUCUGUCCUAUCCACCGGGGGGCUCUAGCUCAAACAUCGACGUCCUGACCUCAAAAGACCCUGCGCUCCGCAAUACCCAUCCGCACGUUGCGUCGUUAAAGCCCGGCGACGUUCUCUUCAUCCCACCAAUGUGGAGCCAUACAGCUAUGCCUGAGGAAGGCGUGAGUGUUGCAGUCAACGUAUUCUUCAGGAACUUGGAGACUGGAUAUGCAGCCGGGAGGGACGUGUACGGGAAUCGAGAUCUGCAGGCAUACGAGAAUGGUAGGAGAGACGUUGAGCGUAUCGCUAAAGCGUUCAAGAACGUCCCGGGGGACAUUGCGAGGUUUUAUCUCGACCGGCUAGCUGCUGAGCUGCAGGGGAAAGCGGACGAAGUGGGGAGCCAUAGUGGAUAGUGCGCUUCUGCAGAGCCCAGCAUUCAACUGGUUGUAAAGGGAACUCAUCGCUCUUGUCCAUUUGCGGCCCAUAUCAGCUCGUCUUUUUCACCGUUGCCCUGGGUAAUAGCUGCCCCGAUGCGUAGCGAGUC